AGGUUCCUUUGGAGGACCCAGAGCCGGAAGUGCUUCACUUUUCCCUACCAGGACCUGAGGCUCCUUUCCAUCAUCCCUUGCGCGCCCCGCCCCUUCCUUCUUCCUCGGCGCUACCUGCGAGGUGGCUGCCAUCUCUUUCGCGGCAUCAUGGCUGCCCUCCGCCCUCUGGUGAAGCCCAAGAUCGUCAAGAAGAGGACUAAGAAGUUCAUCCGGCACCAGUCAGACCGAUAUGUCAAAAUUAAGCGAAACUGGCGGAAACCCAGAGGUAUUGACAACAGGGUUCGGAGAAGAUUCAAGGGCCAGAUCCUGAUGCCCAACAUUGGUUACGGGAGCAACAAGAAAACUAAGCACAUGCUGCCUAGCGGCUUCCGGAAGUUUCUGGUUCACAACGUCAAGGAGCUGGAAGUGCUGCUGAUGUGCAACAAAUCUUACUGUGCUGAGAUUGCUCACAAUGUUUCCUCCAAGAACCGAAAAUCCAUCGUAGAAAGAGCAGCCCAGCUGGCCAUCAGAAUCACCAAUCCCAACGCCAGGCUUCGCAGUGAAGAAAAUGAGUAGAUGGCUGGUGUGCAUGUUUUAUUUGCAUUUAAAUAAAACCACAAAAACUGA